CGUGGUCUUGUCCCUACGGCUCCUCUUGGUCCCAGUAAAAGUCUCACGUUACAAGCCGCAAACUGUUGCGAAAGGCAAGCUGCAGCAGUAAUCGCAACAAAAAAAAAGUUCCAAGUUACCAACAAUUGACAAUUGCCAGCGGAAGUUGUUGUUUUCCAUGUGUUUACCCAAUUUAGCGCCGAUCUGUGUAAUUGGACAACGUUGGAGUUGUAUUUAAGCCGAAUCCAGUUUCUACUUUAAGCACCCCCACCACACAGGCAUUAUGACCAACUCGAAACGCAAACAGCCCACAAAACCCACAAGCACAACAGAUGCCACCGCAGAAAACAAAUCCCCAACUGCAGAUGAUGAGCCGUGCACGACUGGGCCGGAAGAGGUGGCAGCUUCAGAGCCCGGUCCAAGCGCUCAGUUCUUUAAGCUGUGCUUUGGCCAUGAUCUGCAAAACUUUGACAGCUUGCAGAGUUUUACGCGCUGGCUGCAUCGACCCGUGGAUGGCGCAGCCUUGGGUGUAUUCCGGAUGCUCUACGGCGCCGCCAUGCUGAUCGACAUAGCCGAGGAGCGCGGCGGGGGGCAGCUGGACGUGCGCUACGGUGAACCGCAUCAUUGUCAUUUUCCGCUCUUCAACGGAAUGGCCGCCUUGGACUAUCCGCUGAUGGGCUGCGUCUAUCUGGCCAUGUGGCUGGGCGCCUGGGGCAUUAUGCUGGGCUAUCGUUUCCGGCUCAGCUGCUCGACAUUUGUGGCGGGCUACUGGUACAUCUUUCUGCUGGACAAGCCGGCGUGGAAUAAUCAUAGCUAUCUCUUCGGAUUGGUCGGCACGCUGUUGCUGUUCACACGGGCGCACAGCUACUGCUCCCUGGACAGUUGGCUGCGGCCAGAGCUGAGGCAGCCGGUGCCGUAUUGGAAUUACUUUCUCAUCAAGUUCCAGUUCUUUGUGCUGUACGUGUACGCGGGUCUGAAGAAGUUUUCGCUGGAAUGGCUCUCCGGCUAUGCCAUGUCCAGUCUCAGUCAGCAUUGGGUUUUUGCGCCCUUUCGCCAGCUGCUGGACGACGAGCUCAUCGAUCUGCUGAUCAUCCAUUGGUUUACGGCCUUUUUCGAUCUCUCCAUCGCAUUUUUCAUGACCUGCGAGAAGACGCGUCUGCUGGUUACUCCGUUCAUGAUUAGCUUUCACUUGAUGAACUCGCGACUCUUUAUUAUAGGCAUGUUCCCUUGGGUCUGCCUGGCGGAGGUGCCGCUCUUCUUCAGCUUCGACUGGCCACGACGCUUACGGUGCUUGGUCAAGACGACGCCAGCAUUGAAGGAGGAGAAGAAAGCCCCGGUCGGCGAUCAACCCAGGUUCAAGGACCGGUUGCGCAGCUGCAUCAUAAUCUUGUACUGCGCGCUGCAGCUGUUUCUGCCCUACUCGCACUUCAUCACCAAGGGCUACAAUAACUGGACGAACGGUCUCUAUGGCUACUCCUGGGACAUGAUGGUGCACUCCUACGAUACGGUGCUGACCUCCAUCCAGGUGGUGGACAAUGACAACCAGAAGGUGCAUCAUCUGAAUCCCUAUGCCUUCACCGAAUACGAUCGCUGGACUAAGUAUGCCGACAUGGCUGUCCAGUAUGCCAAGUGCAUUGAGAAGAACAUCCGAGACGACAUGGAACUGCAUCCGGAGAACAGUCCGUUGACAAGCAGCAACAUUUCCAUUUACUUUGACAUUUGGUGUGCCAUGAACGGGCGGUUUCAGCAGCGCACCUUUGAUCCGCGCGUGGAUCUGCUAAAGGCGCCCUGGUCACCUUUUAAGCGUACGCCCUGGUCGCUGCCGCUGCUCACAGAGCUGAAUCAUAUGCGUCCGAAACUCAAAACAAUUGCCAAUGAGGUGCUGGCCUGGAACAACUACUCGGAUGUUAUAUUUGUCGCCGAUUUUCCAGGUCUAACGCUGAGCAACUUUAUCGCUCCGACUCUAUUCAACUGCAGCCUGACAAUACUCGAGGGUAAUGUGCGCUACAAGAGCGCCAAGGAUGGGGAGGAGUUCUUCCUGACAGCCGGCAAGAGCAUUGGCCUGGAGAGCAAUGCCACGCACUAUGUGACCACCAUUGGGCAGAAGCCAGCCUCCUAUUUGUACACCUAUGUAAACAAGACCAUGCUGGAGCAGGACAUUGUCAUAGAUGAUGUGGGUCAGUCCAAGGAGCGAUCAUUGCUGCCGCUCUGGAAGGAGUUCAAGCAACGCCUCGGCAAUUACCAACAGUUCCUCAAGCAUUUGGCCAAUUGCUUGCUCUACUUGCUAUACGAUGUGCCCAUACCGAUUUCCAUUAGAGAGAGAGAUUAAGAAUGAAGCAGUCGAUAUUAUAUUCCACUUGCUACAAUGUAUUUCCUUGCCUAAGUCCCUUAGUGUCACAUAAUGUGUGGGUGAUAAAACUGAUAAUAAAUGUUUAAUGUUAUA